GUGACCCUCGCCCGAACCUCGGGGCUCUGUUUACGCCAACAUGGAGUGUCCCCGGCUGCCCCUUUCCCACCAAUCUGCUCCCCGCAAACCCCUAUGACGACAGUGGGGUCCAGCGCUUAUCGGAGCCCAACUCAUAAGAUACGCGUACACCUCGGAUAGCUCUUCCCCCACUUGACAACUUCCCUUUGAACAAACAACAACAUAAAUCACAACAAGUCAGAUCGCGUGUCUAUUCCAGAAGACGAAAUACGACCACCAUGGAUCCAACAUUCAAACCCCCGCCUCCCGUCGGCUCCUCUCCAACAACCUUCCCACCCCUCCCCAAGCUCGAAAUCCUGAACCCUUCCACCCUCCCCCCCCACCGCUUCCUCCGCCCAGCCAAGCGCAUCAACGAAGGCCCCGACGUCUCGCACUUCCUAACCUCCAAAGCCUACCGCGACAUUUGCGUUUGGAUCCUCCAGCUCAACCACGCUCUCGUUCCGCGAAUCAUCAAGAAGUCUACCGCAGCUCCUACGACAGCUCCCAAGCCCACAGACGAACAGAAGGCGGAAGCCAAUGAAGAACCACCCAAAGACGCCCUAGCGGCCAAACUCCAGUUACUACGCAAGAAGAGGGAUGAGCAGCUGCUGCCCAGGGAAGAGAUCAAGACGUUCCCUUUGCCUAGUUCUAGGGAAGGAGGGUUAGAUAACCAGGAACCCGAAUCGAUUCAGAAAUUACAGCGGUUGUUGAAGAAGGUGGAAGCCAUCAUUGACGAGGCGCCGCCUGAUCCUGGUCCGAGACGGUUUGGUAAUGUGAGCUUUAGGACGUGGUAUAAGUUGUUGGAGAGCAGGGCGGAUGGGUUGUUGAGGGAGUAUUUGCCGGGAGGGGUUUUAAGGUGGGAGGGCGCGGGUACCACCAAGGAGGAGAGACAGAAUAAAGAGGAGGAAGAGGGGACGGAAACGGAGACCGAGACCGAGACAGAGGGAGAAAGUGAUAAGAAGACAAAUGAGCAGAAGCCAGAGGUUGUGGGGCCUUUGGAAGAGCUCAAGGCGUAUUUUCUGGGUGGGUUUGGGAGUGCGCAACGGUUGGAUUACGGGACGGGACAUGAGUUGAGCUUUAUGAUGUUUCUCGGUGGGUUGUGGAAGCUGGGUGGGUUUGAGGGAGAGGAGAAUGAUGAGGAUGGGGAGGUUGAGAGGAGGAUCGUGUUGGGAGUUGUUGAACCCUACCUCCGCGUCAUCCGCCGUCUAAUCCUAACCUACACGCUCGAACCAGCCGGCUCCCACGGCGUCUGGGGUCUCGACGACCACUCCUUCAUCCCCUACAUCUUCGGCUCAGCGCAAUACACCCGCCCCAUCUCCUCGCCCAACGAACCCACACCCCUCGAGGGCUCCGUCCCUAACGCCCCCAAGCCCAGCGACAUCACCAAAGCCACUGCCGUCGAGCGCUACCGCACCGAAAACAUGUACUUCUCCGCCAUCGGCUUCAUCAACGACGUCAAGAAGGGUCCCUUUUGGGAACACAGCCCCAUCCUGUUUGACGUCUCCGGCAUCAAGGACGGCUGGGGCAAGAUCAACAAGGGCAUGAUCAAGAUGUUCAACGCCGAGGUGCUUAGCAAGUUCCCCGUUGUGCAGCAUUUCCCCUUUGGAAGUCUGUUCCAGUGGGAGAAGGAUCCGGAGGCGGGGGUCCCCGUCCAGAGCGUACACAUGCAGAAUCAGCCGGUUGCUUCGGCUGCUUCUGCUGCGGUCACUGGUGGUGUGGGUAUUCCUACGGAGAGACCGUCGGGGCCUGGGGGUGUGACAGGGACAGCGGCACCUUGGGCUCAGGCUCCUGCGCAGGCACCUGGAGCUGGGGCUGGCAUGCCUCCCCCGAUGACGGCCGCGCCGUGGGCAAGGUCAUCGGGAGCGGGAGUUGGACCAUCUACGGCGAACAGGUUCACGCCAUUCAAGCCUAGUGGAGGGCCGGGAGGAGCCCCGAAUACGGGACCUCCGCCGCCGGAGUCGUUCCCGAGCGGAACGCCGGGGACCGCGAGUAAUCAGUUUGCGGUGACGAAGGCGCCGUGGGCUAAGUAGUAGUGGUGUCUGAACGCAAGUGGCAUUAAUGAAAAGGUGAAAAUACGAGAGAUGUUAAUAGAUGAACGAUACCCAUCACUUUGUCAGCUCAAAAGAUCCAACAAUUUCAUACAGGUCGAAAUCUACGGCAGUUCGGCACCGUGUGGUUGCGAGGACGUAAGGUACAUCGGUUAGAACCAACAGUGGUUUUUUGUUUCAAACGAUCCCACCAAAGAUUGUUUUCGUGAAAUCUUGAAAUUUGAUUUCGAAAAUUAUUUUCAUUUC